AUGAACCGUCUGCGCUACAGCAGAACAAGCGUCCAUUUAAAUCCCGUGGCUGUCAUCAUCCCGUUCAGAAACCGGUAUGAACACCUGACCCACUGGCUCCACUACCUCCAUCCGGUCCUGAUGCGUCAGCAGCUGGACUACGGUGUGUACGUCAUCAACCAGGACGGAGACGGAGUGUUCAACCGGGCCAAGCUGAUGAACAUCGGAUUUGUUGAAGCACUGAAAGAAUACGAUUACGACUGUUUUGUCUUUUCUGAUGUAGACCUGGUACCAAUAGAUGACAGAAACCUCUACAGAUGUUCUGACCAUCCCAGACAUUUAUCUGUGGCUGUGGACAAGUUUAACUUCAUCCUGCCCUACGCCACCAUCUUCGGUGGCGUCUCAGCGUUGUCCGAACAGCAGUUCCUUAAAGUCAACGGCUUUUCAAACACCUUCUGGGGCUGGGGGGGUGAAGACGACGACAUGUCGCAGCGGAUCUCUUACAGAGGGAUGUUCAUAUCCAGACCAGACUCCGUCACUGGGAGGUACAAGAUGAUACAACAUGAGAGAGAUUCUCACAACGAUCCAAACCCAAGAAGAGUUCAGAAACUGAGAGAAACGUAUUUUAAUAUAAUCAAAGAUGGGCUUAGUACUCUCAGUUACACAGUCAGAGAGAUUAGGAAGGAUUUAUUAUACACUUUUGUUACAGUGGAUGUUCAGGUUCCAGCAGGCUGAUGUGGAUCCAGAUGUUUCUUUUCCACACCUGGACGAUUGGACCAAAACAAAAGUCAGCUAAUGAAACAGGGAGAAUAAAAGGGAAUAGUCCAAGUUCAUCAACCCAACAAUGCAAGAUGGGACUUGGUUGGUUAUUUAAAUUACCGAAGGUGUUGCUGUCCUGGACGGAGGCGUACUGGUGUCUGUUUGACGACCAGUUCAUGUCUUCAAACUGGAAACGAUGGCAUGGAGUCGUGGACUUUGCAGCAAGCAUGUGGCGACAGUGGACAGGAUCCACCUCCUUCAAACAAGUUGAAGCCUCCAGAACCACCGAAGCGGUUCUGGUGGACCUGAAAGGCGGAUCCAGUUUAAGAAGUGACGGAACUGGAUCUUCCACCAAACGCUCUUCAUGUUCAGACCAACGUAGAUCAGUUUGAUUCGAUUCUCCAACAUUUCAUAACGAUGACAUGAAACUUUGUUGGUUUAUUAUUGAUUGAGACUUUUUCCCUGCUGGAGCUUUUAUUGGUUCAGUAUUGGUUCUGUUUUUAAUAAAGUGAAGCACAAUAAGGUGAUGGAUUUUUAAGAA